AUGAUAUGUAAAUAUGCACCGAUCAAUCAUGUGAUCAUAAAUACAAGGCUCAUUAGAUUGUGGAUUGCUGAAGGAUUUGUUGAGCAUGUCAAAGGGGUCACGCCUGAAGAAGUUGCAAAGAGCUAUAUUAUGGAACUCGUUUUCCGUAACAUGCUACAGGAAAUGUAUCGAGAUUACCACCCAGCAUGUAAGAUGCAUGAUCUUUUGAGGGAGAUUGCUCUGUCUAUAGCAAAAAAAGAAAAGUUUUGCGCUGUACAUGAUGGGAGUGAAAUAGUAGAAGAAACAGGGGCACUCCGUUUGUCAAUUCAAACAACUAAUGGAGAAAUUGGAUCAUGCACAGGUAUAUCACGGCUUCGUUCGUUUCUCGUCUUUGCCACUGGCGUAUCCUCAUUCUCUUUCUCAAAUAAAUUACAAUUUGACCUUAAAUUGUUGAAGGUUCAAGAUUUGGAGGAUGUCCCCCUUGAUAAUCUGCCAGACAAUCUAACGUCAUUAUUCAAUUUAAAAUAUUUAAAUUUGAGUGGAACUCCAAUUAAGGAGCUUCCAGAAUCCAUAGGACAGCUCCGCAACCUUCAAGCGUUGAACAUCAAGAGGACAAAUAUAGAGACACUUCCAAGAGGAAUUUCCAAGUUGCUAAACUUACGCCAUCUAGUUAUGGACUGUAUGAAAGAUGGUUCAAAAUUGAUUGGGGUAAGAAUACCAUUAAGUAUUAGUAAGAUGAAGAAAUUGCAAACUUUGGGAUGCAUUGAAUCUGAAGGAAACAUUAUUAGACUUAUUGGAAAUAUGAGCCAGCUUACGGCCCUUGCAAUUUCAAAUGUGAAAGAAAGAGACGAGGAGGACCUAUGUGCCUCUAUUCAAGAAAUGAAGGUCCUUUCCCAAUUGUGUUUAUGGGUAGCAGAUGGAGAGAAAUUUCUUCGAGUUGACGCAUUGCCUUCAUCGCCUCCCUACCUUGAUAGACUUGAAUUGAGUGGCAAACUGGAAAAGUUACCAGAUUGGUUUAUUUCACUCCACUCUCUCACAUAUUUGAAUCUGUCUGGGUCCAGACUUGAAGAAGAUUUACUAUGUCAUAUUGAAGCAUUGCUUUCUCUACGUUUGCUUUGCCUUGAUAAUUCCCCUGUUAGGAAAGAGUUGUGUUUCAGUAGAGGCUUUUUGAAUCUUAGAUAUUUGGGGGUUUUUAAUUUCUCAUUCUUAAAUAAGGUCACUAUAGAAAAAGGGGUGAUGUCAAAUCUCGAGUUCUUAGACAUUGAUGAGUGCUUGAGAUUAGAGACAUUGCCACAGGGUAUUGAGCACCUUACUAAACUAGAAGGAUACAGAUUUCAGAGUGUUUCAAAGAAAUUUACAGAGUCCAUACAAGGAGGAGGUGUGGAUCAUCCAAGGAUGCUACUUGUCCAAGAGAGAUGUAAGAAGCCGACGUAA